GGUUCGAGCAACGUUCAGGGAAUCUACAUCAAGUCUCUGCCGAACAACGGUGCUGCCGACCUUGAUGGUCGGAUCAAAGUCGGCGACAAAAUCCUCGCUGUAGAUGGCGCCAGCAUCGUCGGCAUGAGUCACCCCGACGUGGUGCUUGUGUUGCAGCGGACAGGCGACGUCGUGACCUUGCUGAUUGAGAAAGGCAACGGCGUCGUGCCGCAGAAUCGUGACUCAUCCCCCGUGGCGACGACGACGACGCGGACGACGGGGGAUGAGCGGCGAGGCGCGAUGGGAGAACGCAACGAGAACGAACAUUACUCAUUCAUCAACGACGACAACACGUUCGACGUUACCAUAGAGAAGUCGGCUACUGGCUUCGGAUUCAGCAUCCGCACGGACGAGCAGAGACGGGUCGUCCGCAUCAAGCGUCUGUUCCCGGGCACGCCGGCCGAUGCGACAGGGAAGCUGCGAGUCGGCGACAUUAUCCUGUCCGUAGAGGGCAUCGGGCUCGGAGGCAUGUCGCACAACGAGGCGCUGAACAUCCUGCGCGCACGCAGCGCGAUCACGCUGACGAUCGUUCGUCCGGACGACGACUCCGCCGCCUUCCCCAUCACCGACUCCUUCCUGGAGAGCUCCGGGAAUUCCGCCGGGAUGUCGGGAUCUCUCCUGGACGUCUCCCAGCCACCAGGGGGCGCCGACAACAACGGCUGUGCGGACGGACUGCACUGCGGCGAGAGCGAGCGGGCAGACGGUUGCCACGGCAACCAGGACGGUUACCGUAGCGACAAGGAGUCUGAUGAGGAUAGUGUUGACUCGGGGAAGCAGCAGCAGCCGCCGGCGAUGCGUAUGACGGCGGGCACCAGGGGGAGCUACGGGUCGCUGGGUUCGGACUCGGACGAGGGAGGCGACGGGAAAGAGAGGAAGGGCGUGCAGCGCGCGGUGAAGGAGAGACUGCGGAUGCUGGAGAAGGCCGGAGCGGUGUUCAAGCGAAGCAUGUACGGAAAGAACCGCGUCAGCAACAAACACCUGCCCGCAGGCUCGUCAGAUGUUUUACAGACAGAGGGAGAGAGCUUCAACUCCACGUCGUCGUCACGCGCCGUCGUCUACGCCGUCGCCCCCGGCAACGCGAGCCCGCCGACCGAUGCCAGGGGGAGCCACGCAUCGCCGGACAGCGAUGCCAGCACGGACGAGCCGUAUACGCCCGAGAGCGCACUCAUGCACGUCGAACUUGUCAAGCCACCAGGGGGCGGUCUCGGCUUCGUCGUCGCCGGACAGCGAGGUCGGGUCGUCGUCAAGGCGAUAACGCCGGGAGGGGUCGCCGAGCGAUCCGGGAAGCUGAGGGUCGGAGAUCGCGUCCUGCAGGACAUUGCAGCGUUCGGCAAGCUCGACGGAGACUUUCCCUACCCAAUCAUCGCAGACGAGAAGCGCCAACUGGCGGUGAAGCUGGGCAUGGUGGAUGCGGUGGAGAGGGAUGCUGCAGGGCUUCCUCACUGCCGAGCUGUCUUCAUCAUCGGACCGGAUAAGAAGCUGCGUCUCUCCAUGCUCUACCCGGCAACCACCGGCCGCAACUUCACAGAGAUCCUACGUGUUGUCGACUCCCUACAGCUGACCGAGACUAAGAGGGUGGCGACACCUGCCGACUGGAAACAGGGCGAAAAGUGUAUGGUGGUUCCAACGGUAAAACCAGAGGAAAUCGCGGGACUCUUCCCAAAGGGAGUAGAUAUCCUUCCGAUGCCGUCGGGAAAGCCUUAUCUUCGCAUGACGCCGCAGCCGUGAGCGGGAAGCGCGAAAGGGGAAGCAUCCUUGUGAAUCGAGAAACGGGAAAAAAUUAGGGGGAGUGAUCUUCUCGUAGCGGGUCUAUAGUAACUGCUUGAAUUUCUAUAAUGCGCCUUGCACUCUGGUCGUAUAUAUAUAUAUAUAUAUAUGCAUAUGCGCUACUAGGACUAAAUAUAAAGUAGACCAUUCCUGUUAAAGUGUUUGUGAUGUCAAAACGCCAUUCCUGAGAUUAUUCACAAGACGAGUUCAUUUCUAGUGUACCUGGUUGCAUCAGAAUUUUGCAGCAAACCGCAGUUCUUUAUACUGGUACUCGCAGAAUAAAGGUGUUUAAAAGCACUAUAA